AUGGACGAUAGGAGGAAAGCCCAGAAGGGGCCUGUUGUCCUGACGGUGUUGGAGGUGAUGGGGGGGGGGGGGGGGGCCCGCCACGCCACGCCACGCCACGCCACGCUCACACAGGAGCUGCUCCGACCCUGGGUCGCCAAGGCCCGAGGGCUGGCAGGACGGGUCACCAUGGAGGAGCCCCGUGCCUGGGGCAGCGUGGUACCGACGGCCCCUGGCCUGGAGGCUGGGGGCCCCGCUGACUCUCCAGAAGAGGCAGACUACUCGGCGUUCGGCACCGACUCCCUGACCCGUAAGCGGAACACCACCACCGCCGUGCUGUCGGCGGUCCUCCUGCGGCCCGACGCCGGCCGCCGCCGGCCCCCGCCCGUCCUCAUCAGCCUGCCGCGCGACUUCCGGCCCGUCUCCUCCAUCAUCGACGUGGACAUCCUGCCCGAGUCGCACCGCCGCGUGCGCCUCUACAAGCACGGCCAGGAGCGGCCGCUGGGCUUCUACAUCCGCGACGGCUCCAGCGUGCGCGUCACGGCGCACGGCCUGGAGAAGGUGCCCGGGAUCUUCAUCUCCCGCAUGGUCCCCGGCGGGCUGGCCGAGGGCACGGGGCUGCUGGCCGUCAACGACGAGGUGCUGGAGGUGAACGGCAUCGAGGUGUCGGGGAAGAGCCUGGACCAGGUGACCGACAUGAUGAUCGCCAACAGCCACAACCUCAUCGUCACGGUGAAGCCCGCCAACCAGCGCAACAACGUGCUGCGGGCCGGCGGCGGCGGCGGCGGCGGCGGGGCCGGAGGGGGGAUGUCCGGGAGCUCUGGGAGGUCCUCCGACAGCGGGGCGAGUUACUAUGGUUACGGCGCGGCGUCCCAGGCGCCCGUCCUGCAGGACUUCCCGGCGGGGGAGGAGCUGGAGAGCGAGGACGAGGAGGAGGACCUGGUCAUCGACGCGGCGGCGGCGGCGGCGGGCGGGGGAGGGGGCGGGGACGACGUCAGCCUGUCGGCGCUGCCGCGCUACGAGCCGCACCUCGGCAUGCGCACGGGGUCCGCCGUCUCCGUCGCCGACAGCAACGGCGCCCCGCCGAGCCACGCCCCGCCCCACGCCCUCCCCCACCUCUACACCCACCCCGCCGGCGCGCUGUUCGGCUCCGCCCCCCGGCUGGCGACCAGCACGCCCUCGCCGGAACGCGCAGCGAGGAGGCGGAGCCUGGAGGAGGAGGGAACUGUCAUCACACUGUAGAACACAAACACAUAUACAAAUAUACACACAAACACUGAUAAACACACAAACACUAAUACACACUGAUACAUACUCACACACACACACGCACAUAUAUAUAUACAACCACCCACUCUUCACACACUAUCUUUAAACACCAAUCUCUCACACGUCACACACACACACACAUGCAAAUGUGUAACCACACAAAAAUACCCAACGCAAACACAUAUAAAGCUGCGCACACACAAAUAUAAUGAAAGUACAUAUUUAUAAAGCACACAGAAAUACGGACAGUACUUAGAUAAUAUCAUAACGACACCGAAAACAAAGGUGAUAAUAAUAUCGAUCAGACAUCCUCUUGCGUGCCUUAAGACACGGCCCGGCGAGAGGAAGUGAACCUCGCGUCUGAACGACUGAACUUAUAGAAAGCACGACCCUGAAUCCGGGUUCGAGUCCCGGCCUCUCUCUGCUGCUGCGGUGGCCUCGGCAUCCGACGCUUUGUCUUCAACUAUCUGCUAGCUUUAUUGACAAUCACUCUUGUUGCCUCUCCCCCUCUUCCCCAACACCCCCCCCCCCUUCCCACACCAGAGGAUUAAGCCACUCCCCCUUCAGCGGACGGUCGCUAGGACUUUGAACACAUGGAGGCGUUGUCAGGGCAACGGACCAAGUGCUGACAUCUGCAGCAAUACUUUAGGGGUUGAUUUAGAAAAAAAAUGAAAAACAAGUCUGGUUUGUUUCCUGACGCUCACGUACUCAUAACCACUGUUAUAGCUCCGCCUUCCUCGCUUCCUCUGUCGAUGAUUGGUUGGUUGAUUAAUUGAUCAUGAAAUGUAACAAUAAUGAAGUUAACAUUGGGUGCCUCUGGUCAUCCAUGUUUUAAUGGUUUUAGGUUUUUGAUAUUGUUUUUAUCUCUCUGUGCAAUCUUUUGUACCUCAGUCGUUCUGUUUUAAAUGUGAUUCUCUCUGGCCAGUCUACCUGCACCGGGAACCAUUCCCCUGCCCUCGUGUUCCCCUUCGUCCUCCAGGACUAGAUUUCAAUUGUGACUCCAUUUCCAUGACAACAAGUCACUCAGCUCAGCAGCCUCGGAGCUUGACCCUCUCUCUCGCUCUCUCUCGCUCUCUCUCGCUCUCUCUCUCUGUUUAUAUGAAGCAUUCCUCUCGGUCUCUAGUAUUUGGGUUAAUCUCGUUCUUUAUGUCCAUCCGUGCCGUCCCCCUGCUCCACUGAGGCCUGUCUACCAGCAGAAGUACGCUGUAGUGGACGUUGUACAGAGGAGGCCUUUAGCCUGGGCAGCGGUCAUGGUGCUACAGCAGCUCUGGCCUGGCUAGUGUCCGUUAGCUAGGCGUGUGUUUGCGUGGCCUGUAUUAAUAUUAAGCUGCAUUAAUAUUGACACACAGUGAAAAAUCACACUGGAAAAUAACCGCUGGUCCUCCCCUCACAGCUCCCCUCUCUCACCCUUCUCCGGCGGUCACCAUCGCUCUUCAUCAGGGGGUUGUUUCGAGGGCAGGGAGGGGCUUGACACUGAGAAGCCAGGCCGCCCUGUCUACAAUAGGAGGUGUUCCCGCUUACAUUGUAACCCUCUACCCCCGGGGCUGAACUCCCUGAACACACCUCCCUGAACACACCUCCCUGAACACUCCCUCACCGGGGUUAGCAUUAGCUGCUAAUGCUCAACAGAGCUAGCGAGACGAGUAGGGCCUGAAGUGUUGUGAUGCCCCAAAGUCCCACUGUUUUUACACACACAUACACACACACACACACACACAUAUGAUAUGCACAUGUUGUGUAUAUACGCGCACUCGCACACACACACACACACACACACACACACACACACACACACACACACACACACACACACACACACACACACACACACACACUCGCACACAGAAACACACUGACAGACACUCACAUGCACACACGCACACGCACACACUACAGUAGCAGUAGACCUAUGUGUCCCAGACCGGGUCGUGAAUGGGAGAGUGGGAGAACUCUGAAUGAAAACAUGUUAAUUUAUUCAUAUUCAUUUGUCCACCGGUACAACAGAACACAGCGACUCUAUUUAUUCUCUGAUUAUCUUUUCUUACACAUUAUGAUACCAUUUUUUAUAAUGAACAUUUCUUUCUUUAUUCCAUUUAUUAGUAAAUAUAAUCAACACAUGGUAGCUAGGUGUUUUUAUUUUCUCAUCAUGGAAUAGCAGAUUUUGAUUUCCAGUACUGUGAAUUUAUUUUUAUUAUAUUUGUUCACUUUGGGGAUAUUUCUUAUUUCAUUUUGUCUUCAUAAAAUCUACACCAUGGGCUAAACCGUUUAUUUUUGCUUUGAGCAUCUUUUUUAAAUGAUUGAGCAAUGUUUUCGCCUGCCCAAUAAAUCCUAAGGUAGGCUAUAGAUUUGUACUUAAGAUUGUCAGUAUUUUCUUAUCAACAUUGAUGUACAUUUUUAUGAUCACAUUCAAGGAAAAUGUUUUGUGAUGAACCUGAAAUGUAUAAAUACAUAGAUAUAAAUAUAUAUAUAUGUAAUUGUUGAUUAAAUGAGCUGGAUAAAAUAAACUAAUGUGUAGAUGA